CUAGCAUUAGAGGGUGUUUUGAUUUUCGAAGAAAAUAGCUGAAAUUCUAAGGAUUCUGAUGGUACCAAGUGUAGGCUGAUCUGACGCGGACGUGUUCGGGUGGAGAUCUGGCAGCGCUCAUAAAACAAAUACAUCGCGAAGCGACCCAGCUCGAAUAUCUUACUGUCAUUAGCUACGCACUGGAGAUGGCCGACGGCUUGAGUUAUUUACUGUAUUCGCUCGCACAUCUUGGACCACAGAUACACCAAAGAGGCAUUAUUCACGGGGAUUUGAAACCGGGGAAUAUCUUAAUUAAAAUUCUAGCGAACGGCCGACAGAAAGUUUCCAUUGCUGAUUUGGAUGAUCUGGUACAAAUGCGGGAUAGUGCAACAUGUUCCGCUGAUGUUUCCCAUCUGCGCGGCACAGUACGCUAUAUGUCACCGGAAAUGCUAAAUAAGUUCGCUUUAACUUCCGUUAAGAAGGAAACUCCCGGACGAAAAACCGAUGUGUGGAGUUUGGGUUGCAUUAUGCUGGAACUGGGAGACUGUGUAGUUCCCGCUCAAAGCAGAGGAAAACGGCUAUGUCGAGAAGAUAGUAGGACAACCGUCGAAGCGGGACACGCACUAGAAAAUAGUCAGUUUGCUGUUCUAGUUAUCGACGGCUAUAUUCCAUUUGUUGCGGAAGCAAUUCCUCCUGAUUUUGCGCAGUGCAUUCGGCGUUGCCUAACCAGAAAUACCGAGCAGCGAUGGUCUUCGAACAAGCUGCUACAGAAACUGUGCAACACUGACCUGCAGGCUUUAACCAAAGCCAGACAGGAGCGCCACAUGACCGGCGUUUUUCGCUACAAUCAAGAAUCGAGAGCCUCUAAAAACUUCGGCGCAAGUGUUAUUCUAUUCGAUUCCCAAUCUUUCACGGUACAAUCAUUCCCGCUGCCAGAAAAUUUACAGGGAAAUGCCUGCAGUGCGCCUUUCCGGGUCCAGAGAAGACCGUUGUGCUCCAGUUCAAAAAUCGGACAGCCAAGGAAUUUGAAACAUUUUCUUGGGAUGCGAGGAAAAACUCAGUCCGUCAUAUUAGACUGUCAGUCCGCAUCAACCACCCGGUUACGGUCGGGAACAAAAUAUUUUUCUGGCGCCAGGGAACCACUGCAGAGUUUCGAGUAAUCGAUUCUUCCGAUGGAUGCCUGUGGACAUCUCACGAAUUACGCAGUCCGAAGCGAAUUGAAACAGUGAAAAGCGGCGUACGAUUUAAUGAAAAAGCAAUUUACAUUGGACUGGAAAUGCAUAACAGGCGGACAAUGUUUGUUGAAUGCUACGAUACCGUACGUGCUCGGUGGGAAACGUUCCCUGACUUCCCGGGAAUUCGAGAAGAUUUCGCUAUGGUUGCGCUACAAGAGUACAUUUAUGUUUUGGGUGGACGAACCUGUAAUAGUGACAGUAACCACCCGGGUGAUGCAGUAUCUUCGUGUUUCCGCUUAAACGUCAUCACUCGGCGGCAAUGGGAAGACGUCUCGUCAUUCCUCCUGCCGCGGUACAAGCACUGCGCGUUCGUAUGGGGAGACCAUGUAUUCGUAGCCGGUGGUUUGAGCGCCGGUGGAAAUUACGAAAAUUCAGUGGAAAUGUACAGUACUACACGCAGUAGUCCAUGGCGAUGUGCAGAGUUUUCGGUUGCUGAUGGAGGAGUCGAAGGACUGCGGUCGUCGGUAUCUCGUGGUGCAUACAUCGGCACCACUGCAGCGCCACUCUUUUAGUCUGUUCUGUACGCAAAUACGGUUUGUCAGAAAUUGUUGGGGAUGACCACUUAAACCAUAUCGGGCUUGUCUUUCCCAAAAAUAAACAAAAUUAUUCUUAAAGUAAAUGACUUUGUCUUUUCGUAAUGUCCCGGAUUAGCGUAUUAUCCUUUCCGGCCUAAUUUGAGGUCUGUCGUAUUGGUUAUUACUUAUUACCCAAAGAAUGGAAAAACUGGGUCUCGGUUUGAUAUUGUGGCUUGCUUACAAAUUUCGGUGACGGGAACUGGUGGGCAAAUUCUGACUGCUUUUACUUUUUUUAUGCGAACGAUCUCGUUGUUCUGUUAUUAUGUACAAAGUUCGAAUAAGAUCUUUUGAU